GUUUGAAGAAUCUGUUCCAAUAGACUGAAUAGUGAAAAAGUGAAGGCGGGCUGGGAAGGGAUGGAGAGCCAUCAAGUGUGUAUGCUGAGCCCUUAUAGGAUUAGUGACACGAAUCUCAGUUGAGGGACAAUGCGGCGUUUUUAAACGUUGCUCCUGUCUAAGCUGCUACGGCAAUGGCAGUAGCGAAGAGGGAACUUACGAGCAAUGAAACAACCCCGCACGCAAAAUCAGAGCCCAUCACUGACGAAACCAAAUUGGUCAAUGGGCUGCCCUUAGACGAGAUAGUGGUUGACGUGGAGCGCCUGAUUUUCCCAGUCGGUACUGGAGUCCGCACAAAUGACGCAAACCCUGCUGACGAAACGCACUACGUUCUGGUCAUCCACGGUACAUUCGCUCAGCCCAAGCUGAAGGGUAGAGUGAACUGGUUUCAUCCGGACCCAGAAAAAGCUUCCGACAACUUUUGUACGCGCAUUGCUGUCCAAUUGUCUUGUGGGCACUUUGGUGAGGAUGCCGUGUGGAGAGCGCUCCCUGAUCCGGAGCUACUUCCGAGCGGGGUGAACUAUCCGUUCUAUUGGGACGGCAGCAACACGGAUGAGGGGCGCAAGAAUGGCGCUUGGCAGCUGGCCAAGUUGAUCCGCCACAUCGCAAACAGGGACCCGUCGGCGCGCAUCCAUCUGGUUGCCCACUCACAUGGCGGAAACGUGGCACUCAAGGCGAUCGAGCAGUACGUCCAGAAGUUGGAGCCGCGGAGCGCCGAGGAGGACUGGCCGGACGCCGUCCGCGAGCGCUUUCAGACGGUGCACCAGGCGCAGGCGGACGAGAUCGCGCGCUGGCGAAAGGUCGACGGCGUGCCCUGGUGGAUGCGCGGGCUCCCCUUCCUAGUUGUUUGGAGGGGACAGAAAGGAGAGCUGCCGACCGCAGGGAAGGAUCGGUCCGAGCUCUACCCCUGGGGAUACUUCCGGUCUGUUGACGCCCUUCUGAAUCUAGGGAGGCGGAGGAAAACUCUGUACCUCUGUAACAGGCGCAUGACGAGCCCCAUCUCCAACGCGCUCGGCAAGACCGUCUUCCUGGGCACGCCCUUCUACUGCAAGCAGUGGGUCUCGUGGGCGGUUCUGCGCAUCCUCCUCUCGUUCCUCGUCUCUCUAGUUCUCGGCUUCGCCCUGACGUGGCUCGCCGUGUACAUCUGGGCGGGCGUCUGCGCGUUCGAGACGGACGACAACGUGAUCAUGUUUCUCGCGGUCGGGCUCACGGCGCUGCUCUUCUUCGCGGAGCUGAUGGGCUUUGCGGACCGGACGAUGUUUCGGAGUGGCAACAUGUACCACUCGAAUACGGUCCCGUGGUCCCCCGCCCAGCACGCGCUGGUCAUCCAGGCCGGCAAGCUGGACGAGGCCGCCCUCGCGCUCUCCGCCGAGCCGGCCGCGCGCGCUUUUCUCCUGCCCCUAGUUCGCCGCGCCACCGCGCGCGCGGGCUUCGUCGCGCUCCCCCGGCGCCCGGCCGCGCACGCUCCUCCGCGCGCGCGCGCCUUCUUCUACAUGGCGCUCUUCCGCGCGGUUGUGCUCAACCUAGUUCUCCUCUUCCCGCGCAUCAUCUUCUGGCUGAUCAGCAAGAUUGUCGUGCGCAACACGUUCAACACGAUCCGGUCUGUUUUGAUGGGGCUCGCGUUCGGGCUCGACACGGCGAACCUGAAGAACGCGCGCAUCUUCGUGGAGGAGACGCUGGAGCUCGGGGGAUCCCCCCGGAACAUCCACACGUGGGACGUGCGGCGGCUAUUGGCGCAGGCGGAGGAGCGCGGGCUCGCGCGCACUUGGGUCGAGGAUUUUGCGCGCGAGCAGCCGGAGGGAAACGGAAAUUGCAAUGAGCGGAUUCCGGCCGGAACAAAGGGGGAGGCGCUUGACGACGGGAAACCUUUUGGCCGGACUUCCUUGCAACGCGCCGUGUCUGAAAGUGUCAGUGUCGAUUCGAGCGGCAGCUUCCGCGAAACGCCCGUCGGGACCGGCGGGAGUUUCGACGGCUCCGAGUUCGCAUCCGGGACAAAUCUCCGCAGCGGCGGAGCCGCGGCGCCCGAGGGAUCGAACGGAAUGAACGGAGUUCCGUCGUCCGCCGCGAGCGCGUACUCGUUUCUGUGGGACGACGCGGAGCUAAUCGCGCGCUCCGAUUCGUCGCCGAUGUACAACAAGCUCCGCGGGCAGCUGCCGAGCCUGGACCACAACCCGCGGCUGACGAGCGCGCAGUUCGCGCGCGACCUGCGCUCCCUGUGCUGCGUCGUCGAGGCGCGCUUCUGGGAGAUCCGCAACCAGUGGCAGCUGACGCAUGCCACGUAUUAUCGGAACCAGGAGAUUGUGGAGGCGAUCGUGGCGUUCCUGGAUUCGUCGAAGGUGCCGUUGGGGUAGGGGAAGCAUAAGCUGAUAAUUUGCGAAGGUCCCUGGGGUGGGGUUACGGGAUUGGGUUAGCUUGAGUUCCCUCAGGCUAGCGGCCUGAGGGGCGUAGAUUGUGUUUGCAUUUUUAGGGCGGCUUUUUUUGUAGAACGUUAGCUCGUAGGGGACAGGCGUGGCUUCGAUUGUUGGGGACAGGGAAAGAAGCGUUGCUGGGUUGGUGCGCCUUACUAAGGUUUAUACAGGCAACGGUUGAGGACUAGAUAGGCGCCCUGCAUUUAUUAUGGGGGCCGUCAUGGUGGAUUCCACAUAUCGGUGUACUGACUAAGGGCUGUGAUAUUGCUGAGUUGAAAUAUCUUGGAUUCAGUUGCAGACAGUCAACAAGAUACUGCCGCAGUGGUGGUUAAACGGUCUAGUGGUGCAGUGGAAUGCAAUAUAAUUGCAACGUCAAAUCUACAGCUAGGUAAGCUGUUUUGAGUCGCCCAAGGCUUAAGCAGGACAUACUACACAUUUGGUAACGGCUCUAGUGUCUGGUUCUGGAUUUUCGUAUAGGGUUAGUAGCCAUGUAGGUUGAAGGUUUGCACACUUGCAAGUCGAUACCGCUAGUGACGGGCCAGCUCAGGAAAAAGGUUGGACAAUCAUUGUAGAUCUCGCUGAACUUUUUGUAGUGAGUGUGCCGCUAAGAUCUUGCAUGCAUUUAAGGCUGUCAUUGUGCCGGCCCUAUCUUCCAAAAUUCAU